AUGGUGUUUAGAAGUCUUGAUUCUACCUCACUUACCAGAGAGCAAAAUCAGUCUCGUUCAAUUUAUCUUAUUUUUAAUAUCACCAUCCAGAAUAUAAAAACUAUUUGGUACGUGCCAGGGGAGACAUAA